AAGCUUGUUUUUUAUUUGUUUCGUAAAGCCAGAACGCCUUGGUUCAUUUAAUAUACACACAUAUUUUCUUUUUUGUUACCAUGACUGAGCGACCUCUCAAAGUUUUGAUUUCCAAUGACGAUGGUCCUCCAAGUAGAGAGGAGUCACCCUUCAUUCUGCCCUUCAUUGAGCACUUGGAAGGUUUGGGAUGGGAUGUCAAAGUGUGUCUUCCAAACGCGCAAAAGUCAUGGAUAUCCAAGUCGUUUAUGAUCAAGGAUCACAUUGACGUGUCCUAUUACCAUAGAGACACUGGAGAAAUCAGUUAUCAUAGACGCAAUCCGUCCGAUUUUGUCUUGCUAAACAGCACUCCAGCGACUUGUGUCAAUAUUGCUUUGAACUACAUAUUUAAAGACGAGCAGUUUGAUCUUGUUCUUGGUGGACCCAACUUUGGCCGAAACACAUCCACGGUAUAUACGCUCUCUUCUGGUACGAUUGGUGCUGCUCUGGAAGCAGUGAUGUGUAAACAAAAGUCUAUCGCACUGUCGUUUGCUAUUUUCGAGCGGAACUUUGGCAAAAAGGAAAUCCAAGGAUCUAUUGAAAUGGCUGUCGAUAUAAUACGACAACUGUACAAGGUCAACCAGUGGCCAGAAGACGGAUUAUUUAAUGUCAAUAUACCAUUAUCAGCCGAGAAACGGCCUGUCUAUCUGACCACUUUUAACAAGAUGCACUAUGGCAACUUGUUCAAGCCCUUACCGGCCGACAAAAUUCGAUCGGCGGAUCCAAGUAAACCUGCCAGUACUGAAGAACCAGCAGAACAAGCUGUUCGUAAAACAGCAGAAGGACAAGAAUCUGGACGUCUUGUUUUCCAUUUUGCACCGGAUUUCACGGGCAUCGUUUUUCCAACGAAUGCUCCCGAAGGAACAGAUGCGUGGGCUAUGAAUUUACGUUAUUGCUCUGUUACACCCAUGGUCGCAUCUUAUGAAAUGGCAAAGACCAAUGUAGACUAUGGAUUUAAAGUUAUAAACAAGCUUUAAUUAGUGUAUUGUAUUAUCUCAAAGUAUAUCUAUUGCAUUGUACGCAAACAAAAACUGAAAGCACCUGCUUUACUGAGCAGCAACCACAAUUGCUAGUAGCUAUACGAUAGUUAACAAUAGAACCAUUGACCCAUUUCUCACAGUUUACAUAAAAGGGCACACUGUGAUAUAU